GUUAGACACUAGGAAAAAUUCAUUGAAACUCCUACAAUACAGUUCUAAGGAACAAAUUCUUUUCAUCAAGAGAAAGUUUUUAUGAGUUUUGUUGUAAGCCUGAGGUGCAGGAUAACUUCCUUGUUCAGGUGGAGUAUACGAGUGAAACAUCUGGAAAAGGUGGUGCAGCACCUAAAAGAAGAGGCAGAACAACUAAUAGAAGAGGCAGGAAACUAAAAUAAGAGGCAGAGCAAAUAAUAGAAGAGGCAGAACAACUAAUAGAAGAGGCAGAACAACUAAUAGAAGAGGCAGAACAACUAAUAGAAGAGGCAGAACAACUAAUAGAAGAGGCAGAGUGCCUGGAACGAAAGGCAGAAAACAUGAACAAAGAAAUGGAGCAGCUUCAACAGAUGACCGAGCAGCGAAAGCUGAAGAUGGGGCAGCUGAAACAGAAAAUGGAGCAGAUAAAACACGAGACCGGAAGCCUGAACCACAUGCUGGAGGACAUGAACAAGACGUUGUACCAGAGAGUGUUGGACAUGAUACCGGAGGUGAGGCACCAGAUGGAAGAGCUGGGCAAGCAGCUGGUAGGCGAGACAGAGCAGCUGGAUCAGAAGGGACAGCAACUGAACGACGAGCUGGAGCUCAUGAAAGAUAAGGUACAGCAACUGAAAGAUACGACACAGUACGUGAAAAGAAAGGCAGAGCUAUUAAAACAAGUGGCAGGGCGGUUAAACAAAGUAAUAGAGCACAUGAAGGAAAAGGCAAAGCGCAUGAAAGAAGAGACAGAGCACCUGGAAGCAGAAUCGAAAGAGGAGGAAAAAUACAUAGCAGAGGAAAUGACUGAGCCGGUACGGCAGAUACAACGUAACAUGAAGCAUGUAACUGAGAUGAUGAAAGAAGAGGAAAAGAAUAUGAGAGAGGAAAUGAAAGAGGCAGCAAAUCAGAUGAAAAAUGAGCUGGAGCACAUUAAAGAUGUGAUCAGAGAAGCUAAAAUGAACAUGUCGGAGGAAAUGAAAUUGGCAGCAAAGCAGAUGAAGUAUGAGGUGGAGCACAUUAAAGAAGUGAUUAAAGAAUUGAAAAAUAAUAUGAGAGAGGAAAUGAAAGAGGAAGUAAAACAAAUGAAAUGCGAAGUGGAGCUCAUGAAAGAAAAGAUGAAAGAGGAAAUAAAAGAUGCCAAAAAGCAGUUCAGAUAUGAUGAAGUCAUGGAACAAGUAGAGAAAGAGGACAUAAUAUAUGCAGAAAACCAGAUGAAAUAUGAUAUGGAAGACAUGGAUGAAGUAAUGAAAGAGGAAAUAAAAAUUGCAGAGAGACAGAUGAAAUAUGACAAAUGCAUAGAUGAGGUAAUGAAAGAGGAAACAAAUACGGUAGAAAAAAUUAUGGAGGCAACAAAAAGGAUGGAAUGUAAAGUAGAGCACAUGAAAGAAAGGAUAAAAGAGGAGGAUAAGAAUAUAAAAGAAAAACUGAAAGAGGCCAUAAAGCAGAUAGAAUAUCUGAGAGAGCACAUGAAAGACCAGGACACGUAAAUGAAAGUGGCGAUAAAAGAAUACGCAAAGAACAUGAAAGAAGCUUUUACAGGAAUAAACUUUGGCUUUACAUAACAAUUUCAAUAAAAAAAAAGUUUCAGUCACAAUUUCUUGAUUAGUUGUAUAUGGAUUCAAAAGCAAAAUAUUUAUGUUUUUAAAUAAUAACUUUCUAUUUUUUUAUUAAUGCUUAUUGAUAUUAUAAACUUUUCUUGUUGGUUUGACAACUAUGUAUAUAAUUUAUUGAUUUUGUAUAGUUAAAAAAAACCUGGUAAUUUGUUUUUAAUGAUUAUAAAUAAAACUGGAGAAGUAAUAACUUCACUAACUAAAUAUUAUUAUUUGUUAUUGAUAUUAAUAAAGUCACUUAUUUUAAAUUCUCUUCAGGGUAAGUUACCACUACCUCAAGGA